AUUUGAUAAGUUCGUGCGUCAAUAUAUUCGCCUAUCCAUCGUACAAGAAGGCUGCGACUUAUAACUUGUAUUUCUUUCAACCUGUUUUUCUUGUUAGCUUAAAGUAGAUAGGAAUUUAAUGGUGAUUAUUCAAUAAAUAUAAUAUUCUAGUAGUAGUUUUUUUCGGUGUGAAAUCGUUAGGAAACAAAUAAUAUAAAAAAUGGCUGUGGCAACUAGAGCAUUUUCAAAAUUUGCAGUUAGAAGUCGCAGUAGCCUCUUACGCACUCAAGUAAGAUUUAAUUACACAGAUACGAGAAAAAAUCUUGUAAUAGAUUCUAAUACAAAAGUCAUUUGCCAAGGAUUUACUGGUAAACAAGGAACGUUUCACUGCCAACAAGCUAUUGAUUAUGGCACAAAAAUUGUCGGCGGUGUUAAUCCAAAAAAACCGGGUACUGAACAUCUGGGAAAACCGGUAUUCAAAUCUGUCAGGGAGGCAAAAGAACAAACGGGUGCUACAGCUACGGUAAUAUAUGUUCCUCCGCCUGGUGCAGCGGCAGCGAUAAUAGAAGCAUUAGAAGCUGAAAUGCCUUUGGUUGUUUGCAUAACUGAAGGUAUUCCACAACACGACAUGGUUAAAGUUAAAAGACUACUCCUGCAACAAAGUAAAUCCCGUCUUAUUGGUCCCAAUUGUCCAGGAAUAAUUGCUCCCGAGCAGUGUAAAAUUGGAAUUAUGCCAGGACAUAUUCAUCAAAAGGGAAAAAUUGGAAUUGUCUCUAGGUCAGGAACAUUAACUUAUGAAGCCGUGAACCAAACAACACUUACUGGAUUGGGACAAACGCUGUGCGUGGGAAUUGGUGGCGAUCCAUUUAAUGGCACAGAUUUUAUUGAUUGUUUAGAAGUUUUCUUAAAAGAUUCUGCCUGCGAUGGAAUCAUUAUGAUCGGUGAAAUUGGAGGUAGCGCCGAGGAAAAAGCAGCGGAAUAUCUUGUUGAAAAGAAUUCGGGCGCAAAGGCCAAACCAGUUGUAUCAUUUAUCGCUGGAAUCACUGCGCCUCCUGGACGUCGAAUGGGUCACGCGGGUGCUAUUAUUUCGGGAGGUAAAGGUGGAGCUCAAGACAAAAUUGACGCACUUGAAAAGGCAGGCGUAAUUGUAACGAGGAGUCCAGCACAAAUGGGAAACACAUUAUUGAAAGAAAUGACCCGACUUGGUCUUGUUGGCAAAUGAAUGAUUUAAAGUCCUACUUCUUAAUCUAAGUAGUUCAUCUCCAUGUCCGUGUAUCUUCAUGAAAUAUUAAAAAAAAAAAAAGAAAACAAACAAAAAUAAAAUAAAGCUUAAUUUCAUCUGCUAAUGUGUAAAGAACGAGUCGUCAUAAAGUGAAAAAAAAAAAGAUUUGGGACUAAUUGAGAGCUAAACGAGAGCUAAUAAUUGUUACUGUACAUGAUAUAAUAUAUAUUAUAUACAUAUUCUAUAUCUAUAUAUGAAAAAUGAGAUUAUCUAAUUCUGUGAAGUCAACAAUUGCAAGAAAUGAAAGUUUUCCUCCACUUUUUUCUAACUCAGUUUAAUGACUGUACAGUAUUUACUAAGCAGAAAAUAAUUAUUUGCUAACGAAUGUUAUUCAGUUCGCGAAUUGAAUUGUGAGGUCCACGCAAUUUUCUCUUAAUGAAAAAAAAAAAAAAAAAAAAAAAAAAAAAAUUGUAUAAAUUAUAUAGGUUUAAUUGUUUCUUUAGUGGACAUUGACGUGAGUACCUCUUACGAUCCGUCAGAUUUUUAAUUAACGAAAAAUGCGUAUGACGCUUACAUUUUAUUGUAAAUUAUGUUGAAUAUCGAAAUAUAUCUAUUAAAGUAUUAAAAA